AAGAGUGAAAGGGCCUGGAGAAGGUGCGGAGUGAGGUUGAAGGUGUCUCUGGCUUUGUGCGCCGGAGGCAAUGGGCAGAAGUACUGAGGGAUUCCCGGAAGGGGCUCUGUAAUCUGGCGCAGCUUUUGCUUCGCCUUCCUGUCAGCUCCAGCAAUGAAAGAUGUGGAAAACAUGAAUAAAAGAGACCGACCAUUCAUGACAAUGCAGAAAAACAAUAGCUCAGAUAAUCUGGUAUUCCAUCUGAAAAAUGGAAUGAGAAGCAUUAAGUAUAAGCCAGUAGACUAUCAGCAAAUGCAUGCAUUAACUGAAGCAAAAAAAUUAGCUGCUGCCUCCACAGAGCUAAAGAUCAGAAAAGCAGUGCAGACUUCAAAGGCAUCUAAGGAACAAACACUGAUAAAACAGCACAGACAAGUAUGGUGGCAGGAACACCAGAGGCUGAAUGAAGUCAGGGGUAAAGUGGAAUCUGAAAUAAAAUCUUUUCUCAAUGAAGAGAACCUUGGAAAUGAAUGUCUUUCUGACCUUAGGAAUUUUGAACAAGAGUUAUCAGAAAAAUGGUGCAUGUAUCUUAAAAGUGUAAUAAAUCCUCUUCAGCAAUUGAGAGAAGAUCUAAAAUACAGACAGCAUCACAGUCCACAGCAUUCAUACUCACAUACUGAGUUUAACUCAGUGAAAGUACUGGAAGAGGUUGACUUUGUGAAGAAACAAUUAAAAGCUGUCUUUGAAGAACUUAGGCUGGAGCAACAGAAAUUCGAAAAUGAUCUUUCAGACUGGAGUAUUAAAAUACUAGAUCAUUAUUCAGAAGAAAGGAGUAACUUGCUUAGUGAAUUGCCCAUGGAACUGGAAGCUUUGGAAUGCCCAUACCCUGAUUUGAAAUCUUCCAUUUUUAAGGAGUUCUGUAACUUUACAGAGAAAUAUCAAAAGAAACUUCAUGAAUUUGAUCUGCAGUUAGAAGAUAUAUACAGAAACUUGCAGUUAAGUGAAGAAGAUCACUGGAUUUACCAGUAUGUUUUGGAUCAGUAUCCUGGAGAUCUUUGUGGCAGAAGGACUCUGUAUCUUGACAUGUUACAAAGAUAUUUUCCUCACAAAUCUAGGCAUGCUUUGGUUGAACAUGAGAAAUGCUAUCACCAAUAUGGCUUCACUAGGGAGCAGCGAAGGAUCCUAGUAUCAAACUGGAAUAAGAAUAGGAGAGAUUUUAUACAGAAGGCUGUGCUGAUGCUUGCUGAAGCCUGUGCAACUUAUGAAAUGGAGAAUGCACUGGCUAAGGACAGAAAAAAGCAACAGGAACUGUGUGCUGACCUGAAAGCUAAGGUUCUUCAAUGGCAAGCCCAGCAGGAAGAGGUAGCAAAACUGGAAAUGGAAAUUUCUGCCAGAAGAAAAGAAAAGGAAGAGGAGAAAGAGAAACUAUGGAAGAGGAAGGAAUUGUUGCAAAGAGAAGAGAAGAAAAAAAAGAUAAGAAAAUACUGGGCUAAAAAAGAACGGAAUUGGCAAGAAAUGGAAAUGAGAGAUCUUCAGCGUCUAGAAGAACUGAAGAAAUUAAUGGCUGAGCAGUCGGCAAAAGACAGAGAAAGGGUUAACUAUAGACAACAAUUGUUGGAAAAGCGUUUGAUGGAGAAAAAAGAAGUGGCUCUUCAAGAAGCACAUGAAGAAGAAGAGAGAGAGAGGCGGCUAGAAGCCCUUAGGAAACAGGUUGCUAUCGUUGCUCAAUUUGAUCCUGUUAGAAUGAUGUCAGAUACAAUGGCAUCGAAAGCAAGGAUGGGUAUUGGAAUUGAGGAAGAAUUUAUUCUUCAAAAGCCACUCUUCACAUUGAAUACGUACAAUGAACAGCAGAUAAUUUCUGACCCUAGACUUCGUUUUGAGUUAGCACUUCGAGAAGCUGGACUUCAUAAAACCUUUUAUGCCAAAGAGAUAUUACCAAAAAUCAGUCCUCAAAAACCUCCAAGAAAGGACAUGGAGUCUACUGUAUUUAAAAUUUAGAGUUCAUCUUCAAAUCCUAUUAAAUGUAAACAAAAUUUUUCUCUGAAUACAUUUAUAUGGAUAACAAUAAUUAUUGCUUUGUAAAAUUUUUAACUAUAUCAGACAUGGAAAUCAUAGUAUCUGUUAUGGUUAGAGCUGUGGAAACUGUAUUGACAGACCCAGGGUGAAGCGGUAUGGGAAGGCAGAGAGCUGAGUCCUUCAUGUUGCUCUGAUGCUGAAAGUGGGACUGCAGGGGUUGGUUUGUAAAAUUAUUAAAUGUCUCCGUGGCACCAAAAAGAAAAAAAAAAGAAAUCAUAGCAUCUAUUAAAGGAAACUUGCUUUAAAAAAAAGAUUCUUAGAAUUUUAUUCACUAUUUCCAAUAUCUUUGUUUCUUUAAUAGUACUAAAUUCUUCAAAACAAUGGAAUUUAAUUAUGACACAUAUGAUACAUAUAUUAACAUUUAGUAAAUUGCAAUUUGGAUGUUGCAUUAUCCCAUGAAAAGAGAUCAAAAUAACCAUUUGUAAAAAUUAAAAUUUAUUUUGCUGCUACCUGCUUACAUUCAUUUUUGUUUGUUAUUUUCAGAAUUUAACUUUUAAUCAUGGAAACUUCAUUAUCAUUAAUAUUUCUAUUAUUUCUUGAUUAUUAUAAGAAAAGACUCAACCUUUCUCUAAAUUUAGAAGCCAAUUUGGUACACUAUGUUUAUUGUAAACCAAAAAUCCAACCAAUUUCAUUUUGCAAAUUAGCCCAUAAACAUAAAUGAGAAAUUAGAAAUAGCAUUGCAAAUAUGAGAAUAUCUGUUUUGUCUUGGUAAAAAAAAGUACAUUGUUGUUUAGAAGAAAUAUUUUAAAAUUUAUAAUACUUAGAAUGUAUCAAAAGUUCCACAAAAUCUAUUGGGUUGGCCAAAAAGUCUGUAUGUUUUUUUCCAUAAAAUAAAAGAGACAUUUUUCAUUUUCAUCAAUAAUUUUAUGAUUUGAAUAUUUUGAAUAUGUUGGCUAUCUCCCACAUGGUAUAACAUUGAUUGUUUUUAAUGAACAUCUUGAUUUGAUUGCUAUCAACUUCAACUGGUCUACCCAACAACUAUGGAGCAUCAUCAUCCACCGAGAAAUCUCCAGCACGAAACCUCGCAAACCAUUUUUGACACAUUCAGUCAGUUGCAGCACCUUCUCCAUACACUGCACAGAUCUGGUUUUACAUUUCAGUGGUGUUUUUACCUUUUUUGGAAUAAUGAAGUAUAAUAUGCCAAAAA